AUGCAGACAUUCUGGCCCAGACAGCACAGGCCAGGUCAAUGGGGCACAGACAAAGCAGGCCAAUCAAUGGGGCACAGACAGAGCAGGCCAAUCAGUAAGGCACAGACCAAGCCGGCCAAAUCCUGGGGCACAGACAAGUCAGGAUCUUCAGUGAUGCACAGGUGAUAAACUGCACAUUCCAUUUUUCCGGUUAAAUGUACAUUUCGCUCUUCAGAUAAGAUGUACCUAACACUUCUUCAGAUUAAUAGCAUACAACACACUUCUGUGUAACUGUACAUAACCCUCUGCUGUGUAACUGUACAUAACGCUCUUCUGUGUAUUUGUACAUAACAUUCUUCUGUGUAACUGUACAUAGCAUUCCACUGUGUAACUGUAGAUGACACUCUUCAGACAACUUGUGCCUAACCCUCUUCAGAGUAACAGGACCUAACACUCUUUAGUGUAACUGUAAUUAACACUCUUCUGUGAACUGUGCCAUCUCGCUGAAAAAUGUAAGCGGGCUGCGCGGCCGAGGGAAGUGCAGAUAAGCACAACCUCCACCACCAGACUCAUGGCUGACAGAGGAAGGGAGCUAGACAGCUAACAAGAACAUAAAAUAUGAAAAAUAAAGACUGCUCAAGUGUAGCGAAGUAGUAGUAUUAACCACGGUAUCUCCGCUGGUAGACAGAAUCAAGCACGCACAAAGCAGGUAAAAUCCAGGUAGCGUAGUUACAAUCCCUUCCUCCCAAGAACUAGACGACACAUAGCUUGGAGGUCAACUGAGGUUUUAUUUUCAGGUCACGGUAUUUAUGGGAUUCCCCAUGCAAGGGGUUUCCCUACUGACAUUUCAGGGGUGGUACAGUAGGGGACUACAUGGGGAACUGACCAACACAUACAUUUUUCCCAUCAUGCACUGCUGGACGAGAGGGAUACUCCCACUGGAAUAUACCGUUAAUGGGAUUAUCCCUCCGUGCAGCAGAACUUACUUUUUACAUUAAAAUGUAUAACUUUACUAAUAUUCCGUUGAUUUACACGAAUGGACAUUCGGUAGAUAGCUGGAGGCUGAGCGCAUAGUUCGUGAGAAUACCGCUCAGCUCCCAGUCUAACUAACCGAACGCCACACGAAAUACACAUUAUUUCUAACAUAUAUUUAAAAUACCAAUUAGUAUAAGGGGAACAAACUACUGAACGGCCGGGGCUCCCGAACGGCCUGGAAGUCCAGCGGUGUUCGCGUCAUCGAGUAGCCGUUUUUAGUUCCAGGCGCUCGACGGCAAAACCCCACUGGGCUAACAACAGAACCAAGAUGGCCGACCACCGCGUGGUCGGUAGUCGAACGACGGCCACCUAGAAACACACUUAAUUACCGAUUGCAACAAUGUUGCAAUCGGUUAAUGGGCGCCACACGACCCCCUGUGUGUGGUCGUGCAUUCGGUAAGUUAUUCGUUUCACGAACAGUGUUUAAACUCACUGUUCGUGAAACUACAGUAUGAAUGCUGGGGUUUUCCUACCGCCAGCAUUCGAAUGCCCUCAUACAAAUAGAAUCCUGCACUGAUCUCUCUGGCUUUAGCAAGAAUACAAACAUACUUAUACAUUAAUAGUCUCCAAUGGCUAGUUUUGCCACAUCAAGCACACUACUAACUUGUGUUUAUGCUACAAAUGUAACCUAAAAGUGUACAGCAGGGACCUGGGCAUACAGGCAAUAGACAGUAGACAAAUCUAACCCUGCGACUGGUGUGAACAGAAGCCCUAGUCAGGGCAAAACUAAAUGAAAUAGCUUACUGCCUGUGACAGGGGUAAUAGAAUUGGAAAAAAUAUACCAACUAAUAUAGAGUUUGUUUAAAACACUCGAGCACCAUGGAAACCUGCAGCCCAAACUCCCAUCUGGGAACCAGUGUGUGCCUAGAUUGUAAAGGAAAGGGAGGGUGGAGAAAAACUGCCGGGUAGGGAGAAGGGGACAGGAAACAGGCUACGCCAGCACCCUAGCCGGCAGGACAGGCCACCCACGGCCCCAAGCAGGAAAAAACCCUGCACACCUCCCCACACAGCAAGUAAACCACACAGAGAAGCACAGUAAGGGGGAACAUGCAUAAAAUAAGUGCUUAUGUGCACACAAAGAAUAACAUAGAUAUUAAUCCAGUAGAAAUCAUGGACAAACAUAGCCUAUAAUCUACAUAGAAUAUGAAACAAUACCUAUAAAAAAUAUGUAUAGUUGUAUGUAACGAAGAACAAACUAAAUAUAAAUAUGUGUAAAAUCUGUACAAAAAAGCAUAAAAUAUGCACAGCCACCCAAAGUAACAGGAGGUAGUGGUACUCUGAACUGUACUGACUGCGGAGCAGCAAAGAAAGAGGAAAUAGUUGGUUGGGAGGAGCCUUUUAUGGAUUCCUGAGUUUUUUUUGUCUCUGGUGUUUUUCUCUCUAUGUUAAUGUGCUGCUGUGGAGUUCUAGUAGUGGAGACUUAAGCAAAUACGAAGCCUCCUGUCAUUAAUAAAAUUCUAACCGUGUUUUCCAUCUCUGUGCAAUUCUCCCAAUGCAAGGUCCAUUAACCUGUAAUAUGCUAAAUGUAAUGUACAAUUACUUUAUAAUGUUAUUAAUAUUAAUAUUGUACAUAUAUUAUUUUAUUCUAGCUAAACCAGUAGUGGCGGAGCCAGUAACAGUGAGUCUCUGUGAGUCCGGAGAGAUAAUGUAUUCACUGAAUCUACAGAACUUUUAUCCAAAGGAGAUCAAGAUUAUCUGGACCUAUGGACCAGGACAGUCCCAUAAACCCGCGACAUCCAAUGAUGUUAUCAAAACAAAUCCUGAUCUCACUUACAGCAUCCAAAGUGAAUUAAAGGUUCCUGGGGACUACUUUAAAGAUCCAAACUUUAUAGUGUGUCUUUCAUGGGAACAUUCAUCUCUGGAUCAUCCAGAACACCGGGAAUUCUGUUCUAAGGACCCAGGUAGGGAAACAGGCUGCCUGGAUGGAUGUUUAAAGUGGAAUAUUUAAUGUCAAUCACAUGUACGAAAAGUACAGCAAUUCACAAAUACGGUAUGUCAAUAACUGAUAUUUGUUUAGAUCCUUCUCUAUUCUAAUUCAUUCUAAACCUAAUUGCUUUUCCCUACAUUCCAGAUUCAUGUAUUUUUCCAUUCCCUCUCUAAAUUAUCACUUCACCCCGUUCCUGUCUUAUUUAAUAUUCUUCUCCACCUUUAUCUUACUUAAUAUGAUGCAUAUCACAGUUAGUAUGUCUUUCUGGACACACCAAGUAACCUGGUUGCAGGUUCUCCACCAUGGCACUGGUACAUAUCAGAACAUGUCAGAUCUUAGCUUGACUGCCACAAUAUCUGUCUGAAUCUUAACCCUGUUAUUGUACCCAGAGCUUCACUUCAAAUGGUCGUCAAACAUAUUAAUCAAUCUACACCGUGUUAUUGUAAUAUGUAGGUAUUUAAACAAUCACCCUGGUUUAUGUAAAGGCUGAUAAUAGGAACAGUAUUGUAAAACCAAGUUACAAUUAACUGAUUCUAUAUAAUGAGUGCCUAGUGCUUGUAAGGUUAGGGUUAUAGUUUGUAUUUUAUUAUCGCCAUUUACAGAUUAGUUUUCUGUUUAUGUAGAAUUUACCUGGCGUCCAGAAAUUCAAGAAAUUCCCAUCCCUCCCGUAUUACUGGGUAAGAAGGUCACUUUACAAUAUAAUAUUUCUAAUUAUUACCCGGCUCGGCCGGAUGCUCUGGCUGUAAGAUGGUUUAAGAAGGAGAAGGGAAGUAGUGAAUUGGUACAUUUAAGAGCUUGUUAUAACUACAAGAUCCCCCCUCGUUUAACACACAAUAAGCAGCCGGAUUACACGUACAGCUGUACAGCAUGUCUGGAUGUUUAUCCAUCACUGAGCUCAGAGCAAGGAGCACAAUUUAUCUGCAGAGUGGAACAUCCCAGCCUGGAGCGACCAAUCGAGAGACACACUGAACCAUUACAAGUAAAGGGUGAGUGACUUGUGAAUGCUAUCAAUAUGCUAUGUUCAACAACAAACCUCCAGAUGGGACAUGGUGACAUGUUUGAAAGAGGGGGAAAUUAAAUGGCUCUGUAACAUGACAGUCCCAUUGCAACCCGAUUAUCCCAACAAGCGCAAUAUAACGCACAGCAUUAACUAAUACAGAAAGGAUCCAUUUACAGUAAUAAUGGAGAUAUGGCUAGUCUGGCUGUAUUUCACUCUCUACUGCCCCUCAGGUCUUAUGUGGUAUUGCAAACUAAUAAUAGAAAAGGCUGCAGUGGGUCAGUUAAAAUGAUGCAACAAUUAUUUCCUCCCACCUUUGUUCAUGCAGGGAGGUCUCCAAAAUCUUUUCUAUACAGUCAGAUACUGAACUUAAAAGAUGACUGAAAUAAAUACUGUGUAUAGAUAAACUAAAUAAGACCCAACAUUUGCUCCCAUUAUGAAUGGAGGACUGAUUGCUUAAUGAGAAAUUAUUUCUUUCCAGGCAAACCUGAAAUGAAGGAACCUGUGAAAUUAACCAUUUGUGGCACAGGAGAUAUGCUGUGUGCAAUGAACCUGAGACAUUUCUAUCCUUGGAAUUUGUGGAUCAGAUGGUUCUGGGGGGAAAAUCUAAUAAAAUCUCAGGAGAAAUAUGAAGAAAAUUCUGAUCAAACAUUUAAUGUUCUGAGUGAAUGUAGAAUUAACGAGCGAGAUUUCCAAAAUCCAGACUAUAAAAUACGCACUACAUGGGAACAUGAAUCCAUGGAGGGCUGUGCGUCCAGAGACAUUUCUAUAAGAGAUCCAGGUAAGCAACUAGUGAUGGGAACAAAACCUUCUAGAUAGAUGCUACAUACAAUCCAUUGCUGAGUGUUCUGCUAAUUAUUUAGUUACAAAUUGCAGCUUUGGUUCCAAACAAAUCAGACUUAAUUUAUGUAAACACACCAUCCAUUGGUAUCUUCACAUUUUCUUCCAUUCCUGUUUUUAUCAAAAUGUUGGGUUUGCAUUAAUUCAUAUUCUUACAAGUUUCCAAUUUAACUGCAAUUCAUUUUUAUCAUAGUAACAAAGGAAUACUAGCACAAGUGUUUAUAUCUGCAAACCCAUUGACACCGAUAGAGCUGAAUAACAUUUUAUCAAAUUUCUGCAAUUUCCUACAUAUAUAGGGUUACUAGAUCCACCAUGUUAUCAAGGACACAUAUAAUUGUGUAAUUUUUAUGAAAUGGGCUGCCCCACAGUAUGUAUAAUGCAUAUUCUGCUAGAUUCUUCAUUGCCUAAUUACUUAAUCUUAAAUACCUUCUUCUGAAGACAUUUUCAUGUGCUGCCCAUCAAUAUGUAUAUGUGACAUGUGUCCCUGAAAACAUGGUGGAUCUGGUAACCGUUAAUAUAUAAGAUGAAAAUGUGAUAACAAUUCAAAUUAAGUUUAAUUUAUUCUUGAGUAGACCUUCCCCUUGUGGCCACAUUGAGAACUGCUAAACAGAAAAUUAUUAUUUUUAUAAUUAAUUUAUAUAAUACUUAGUUGAGUCUGAAAAUUGUAUAAACCCUAAUAAAUCCCUCUGCCAAACCCUUCACUUGCCAGAACGGCUAAGAGAUCACUAAAUGCCUUGAGUGGAGAUGGGUCAAACAAAAAUAUGUUUCAUUCAGUCUUUUUUCACAUAUGAUCAUGCAGGGGAUAUCAUUUUGAAGUCACAGUUGGGCAGAUAAAUAAAUCCCAGCGGGUCAAUAAAAUAGUGAAUAAUAUGAAUUUAAUAAUCAUCAUGAAUCUUUCUUCCCGUAGAAGUCUUUCCGUGGCGUCCGAUUAUGAGUGAGAUCGCCGUCCCACGGCUAAAAGUUGGUGAACGAGCCACGCUACAGUGCGUUAUAUCGAAAUACUUCCCUAAUGCGCUGACUAUAAAGUGGAUUAAACGGACGCGAUCAGGCCACGAGACGCAGUGUUUGCCUCCCGAUUACGCAGUUACUGAUUCCCCCUCACACAGGCUGGAAGAUCACUCAUAUUCAUGUGAAACGUGUCUGAGUUUUACUCCAUCAAUAGCAGAGGAGGAUGGAGCAGAAUUCAUCUGCAGAGUACAGCACCCCAGCCUUGAGAAUCCUGUAUCACAAAGCACGGGAGUUCUGAAUGUGGCUGGUGAGUAUUACAGGCUUAAUUAUUAUAUAAUGUUUAAAAAUAUAUAGAUUUUCUUUAUUUUCCUAAAGUAACAAAAAAUCUAUCUAUCUAUCUAUCUAUCUAUCUGUCUGUCUGUCUGUCUGUUUAUCUAUCUGUCUAUCUAUCCUGGACAUGCAUACACUACAGGGUGCUGCUGGGGCCAACUCAUACAACAUACAAGAUCCAGUGCACUCGCUCAUUCAUUAAACAGAAAUUUCAAAUCUCACCGAAUAUAAUAGUUUUAUUAAAAAAAAACUCUCCUAGGCAAAAAAUAAUAGGUGUUUACUUAGACAGACAUACAGAUAUAACACAGACAAACACACUGACAGACAUAUACACACACUGAUAGACAUACAGACAUACAGACAUGCACACACUGAUAGACAUACAGACAAACACACACUGAUAGACAUACAGAUGCACACACGCUGACAGGCAUACAGAUAUACAUACAGGUAUACAUACACACACACACACACACACUGACACACAUACAGAUACACAGACACACAAACAAUGAAAUUUAAGGGUGUUUGUAAUUAGUAACAGUGACUGUAUUCACAAAAAAUAUUUGAAUUUGGUUGAAAAGUCCAGUGAGAGCUUGGUUGAAAAGUCCAGUGAGAGAGUCCUUCGUGACCAUUGUUUAUCUGAGGCUGGAGAUUGCUCCUUGGCAAGUACUACUGACAAGUGUGUGCAGGACCUUGGAUUAUAUAUAUGUGUAUAUAUAUAUAUAUAUAUAUAUAUGUAUAUAUAUAUAUAUAUAUAUAUAUAUAUAUAUACAAUAAUACAUAAAAAUAAUAAAAUAAAUACAAUUAUUUUAAAAAACACACAUUUAAUUAUUUUUAAAUGUGUAAUUUUUUUUUUUAACCAGCCAGUCCCACUGCAUUCAGAUCCACACGCACCUAUUGGGGUCAUGUGAUCGCUCUGUCAAAGCAAUCACAUGGCCCCUGGGGGCCUGAUUUGCUAGUGAAGGGAUGGCCUGGAAGUGGAUCCCGAAGCGGAUAGCCUCGAAGUUAAGUAUCCCAGAGCUGCUUCUGGAAUAAAAGGGAAUCAUGACAUGUCACACAUGUCAUGUGUCCUUAAGGGGUUAAAGCCCAUUUAAAGCGGAGCAACAUAGAACGCUGUGACAACAUUAAACGGUUAAAAAAGUAACAAAGUACAUAAAAAAAAAAUGCUCAUUACCACUACACCUGGCACAACCUAGCAGAAAAAUUAUCCCACGCUAAGGUUCAAAAUAUGCCUUUUGAAAUACCCUGAACGGGAUUCUUUAGGAAGUGGUAUGCAUUUAAGGGAUAGUUUGAAUUACCAACUGGCUCAACUACUCCAAAAUGGGACAUGGACACAGUGUAAAAAUACAAAGCUUGAAAAAACUGGAAUGGCUGUGUCUCAAAUAUGCCCCUUCAAUAUCCACAUAUACCUGGCAAAGGUAGAUACGGGGGUAUUGCUGUACUCAAACAAAUAGCUGAGCAACAUAUGAAGUAUUAUACAGUCGUAGCAUACAUAAGGUUUGCAAAAUAUACUGUGCAAACUCACUUUGUGUGUCAAAAAGCUAGCGGAAAAAUGAUCCCACGCUCUGGGUUCCCCCAGAUUGAUACUUACAGGGGCAAUGCCUGGACACACUGUAUGGCCCUUUGGAGUAUCAGACACAAUAGGCUAAUACCGACAUUACACCAACAUCAGAGAUUCCAUGGGGAAAUAAUACCAACACGGGCAGGUGCAUUCAGGUACCACAUUGGGCGAUGGUGUGCCCAGGCACCUGGUUGCAUUUUAACUUUGUAAUUUACAGUAUAUCCCACAAGGGAAGGAGGAUUCAGGACAGCAUAACUCAGUGGAGAGAGGGUAGAGCGGGAGUGGCGAUUGUAAGUCAUGCCCACAUUACCGACCUGACUGCUAUUUGGCUUCUUUGGGAUUGCCUUCCCUAUUUAAAGGGAGGAUGAAUUCAGUGUUCUCAUUGCCCCUGAUGAAAAUGUUCUAUUUUACGCACCGAAAUGCUCGUCUGGCAUCAUGCCAAGUCUUUUCCAUCACUAAUCUCACCAGAGCACUAUCUCAAGCACAUUCCUCAUGCGCAUAUUUUUUUUUAAUAUGAUUUAAUAUACUUUGUUUCUCUGGAUCUUUCCUGAACGUAUCCUGUCUAGCUAGUUUUACAGGGAGAGGGGGACUUUUAAUUACAUCUCACUUUAUUAUGCUGGUUUAAGCAUCUCCCUGCCGAUCCCAAUGGGCCAGGAGAGACACUGCAGACUUUUGAGUUACAAAUUGUAGACCUUGUGAACAAUCAGAGGGAAGUAUUUCUUUCCACGUCCUCCUCUUACCUUGACCACAUCUAUAAUUGUCCUUAAUACCCUAUGGAUGGGACAUCCAUUUGUCUACUCAUAUGCCUGUGUAUUUGAGUGGACUCCUGUUGUAGCUCUGUUUUUCUAGACAGGUUAGGAGAUAUAUGGGGGACAUUAGUGUUAUUUAGCCAAUAGAUAUUCUGGGAUGAUGUCUUAUUGAGUAAUAUGUUUGGUUGAAUACCCCCUAAUGUGUAUACUAUAAUUGUUUUGAAUCUUUGCACUGUGAUUUGGCCAGUUAAAAUAAAGUCUUUGUAUUUAGCGCGAUCCAGUGCUCAUUUAGUAGUAUUGCACAUCAUACUCAAGACCUAUUUAAUUUGUUCUCACUGGUUAAAUAUAGGGGUGUCCCUUUUUAUAUUUAUUUUUAUUUUUUCUUCUGUGGACUUUGUUAAAUCCUGGUAGCAAUACUUUGCUAGUGCUCUCUUUCAUUCAUGUAAAUCCUAUUACACAUCCCGUCACACAAUAGUUAUUCUUCUCUUGCAGUUUUGUGCUGUAUCCCACUGGUAGUCAGAUUAGCUUUCAGAACCAUGGCAGUAAACUGAAUUAAGAGAGAUUUCACAAACUCCUCAAAUAUUUCCCCUAACACCUCAAACUGACUGAUUUAUGCAAAGUUAUCUUUAAAAACUCCCACAAAAUAUUUAAUGGACACAUAUCUUAAACUACUUAAAAAAAAAAAAAGAGAGAGAGAUCAUCACUAGGCUCUUGUAUUGCAAAAAUAAAACUGCUCUGAUGUUCAGCCAGUUCCAGAAUGGAUAAAUUACUAAGCUGGUCACCUGAAAAAUCUACUGCAUAUACCUCACCCAAUUUUCCCAACCGAUCCCAAACUUCCUUCCACCACCCCUGAUAGAGCUCAGAGUUCAUGGUAGCCAGAUAUAUUUAAUAUUAUCCUUUUAUGUGUAGAUACUGAGAUACUGUAAACAGAGAGAGGUAGCAGAAUAUAUUGUAGUACGUCUAAAUACCAUAGAUUUGAUAUCAAUCUCUACAGAAACCAAGAGACUCUCACCUUGUCCAGAGCCACCUCUAUCCUUGGCUCUAGAGUGGGAGUGCUUAGUGUCAGUAUAAUGGGGUGACACUUCCCCAAAUAGGGGAUCCAGAACCUAACGUAAGAGGACUACCAUUUAGUGCUAAGGCCAAAAAUAUUUAUUUAACAUAUAUUGAUUGAAAAACACUAUAAAAAUAAAAAAAUUAAUAUAAAGUGCACUUUAUGCCAAAACGCAUUUUGCUGAAUGCAGCUUGCUCACUUUGCAAUAAAGGGGUCCGCAUUGAGUUUUUUACUCCAUUGAUAAAGCCCUUUGGCGAAAAGCGUUUGGAUGUAUUUAAUUGUGUUUUAAUACUAAUAAAUUGAUUUUGGUCACUUCUGUUUAUCACUUGUGCCAUUAUCUUUUUAAUUAUUGUUUUUAUACACACGACCUAGCAUCAGCUACCUCAUCUACUCCAAAUAAUCCCAGGUGGGGAUCAUACCACCGAUUCUCUUGUCACAGAGCAGUCAGCCUGCUCUGUCUUUGUGAGUAUAAUUUAUUUUAUAUUUUAUUGAUCACUUAUAUCUUAUUGAGAGCACUAUUGUUACCUUUUAUCUAUUUUUGGGUGCACAUACCAGCAUCUUUAAGAACGCUACCAUCAUAUCCUGUAUACAUCCUGCUAUACAAGCUAGAGCUGGCGUAAGCUCUACCAAAUGUGAGUGUAAACUUCAUUACUUUCAAGUAUCUUUUAUGACUACGAACAUAUGCACUAUAAGUUUCUUCUUUUGUCGCCUUUUUUUAUACAUAUGGACAUCUGAGAAGUACAAAGAUCCACAUCUUUUGAUGUUAAAGACCUGUCCAUACUCAAGUACUUUGUAUAAACAAGACUUUCCUAACCGGACUAUAUACAUAUUUUGUGUGGUGUAGCCCUAUUCCUGAUUUUGUAUUGUUUACCUUGUGACCAUUUACUUAGUCAUGGUUUAGAGAGAACCCUUUUAUAGGGCUGCUGCCUCUGUUUAUUUUUGUGGAAAGUUAGUGCGGACCUUGCUUUGUUUAUUUUUUUUUAUUGUGUUUUGUAUACAUGUAGGGCAUUAAAAGAAAGCCCUAUUUCUCCUUUAAAAAAAUGACACAUUGUUUGAUCACAAACACGUCACAUCAGAAGAAAGCCUUGGUCCUUAAGGGGUUAAAAUUAUCUGUAAAAUCUCAUAACACAACCUCUGUGGGUGGAGAAUUCCACAUUUUUAUUGUUCUUCCUGUAAAGAUCCCAUUCCUCUGCUGUAAGUAAAAACCCCUUUCUUCCAGCCUCCAUGGGUGACCUCUUGGCUGUUGUAUAUUCCUGCAAAUGAACAGGUGAGCACAUAGCGGUUUGUACUGACCAUUUUUAUGUAUAUUUGUAUAGUGUGAUCAUAUCCCCUUGAGGUGGCUUUUUUCCACAGAAAAAAAAAUCCACUUUUUGUAGAUUUUCUUCAUAACUAAUGUUUUCCAUCACCCUUACUAUUUUUGUAGCUUGCCUCUGCAGUUUUUCUAGUUUUGCAAUAUCCUUCCCAAAACUGCACCGCAUAUUCAAGGUGGCGUCUUACCAUUGAUUUGUAAAGAGACAAAAUUAUAUUUGGAUCACGUGCAUCAAAACCCCUUUUCAUACACGAAAGCACCUUACCAGCUUUUGCAAUGGCAGACCUGUAUUGCAUACCGUUGCCUAGUUUGUUCCUAGUGGUUUGUGGGCUCCUUAUUGUAAAAUGCAUGACUUUGCAUUUAUCUAAAGUCCUAAUGAAAGUAUUUAGAAAAUUAGGGAGACUAGAUGGGUCGAAUUGUUCUUAUCUGCCGUCACUUUCUAGGUUUCUAUGUUUAUAAUCUCAUCUGCCAGUUGCCUGCCCAGUCCCCCAGUUUAUCCAAAUCUCUCUGUUGAGAAGUUAUAUCAUGUUCAGACAGUAUUUUCUUGCUUCAUUUUCUGUCUUCAUUAAAAAUAGACAAAUGACUUGCAACCCACUUUAAGAUCCUUUGUAAACCGAUUAAAGAGAAGUGGACCCAGGACAGAAUUCAGAGGCAAAAUUUUCCAUUUACAACUACCCUCUGCACUCUGUCUUUAAGCCAGUGUUCUAUCCAAUUUUUCAUUUAAACAAACUGAUUUCAGUUUUUCUAGUAACCUUUUAUGUGGAACUAUAUCAAAUGCCUUAGCAAAAUCCAAGUAGAGCUACUGAAUCGCCCUGAUCUGUAUUUCUAACUUCUUCAUAGAACGAAAUUAAAGUGGCACUGUCAUGCCAAACAUACCUUUCCUCAAUUACUUCCUCUUUCAGAAUCUAUUCUUCUCUUAAUUUUUAAUCUAGUUUUCUCAAAAAACAUAAGAUAAAGUAAGGACUACGCUUGACUUUCAUUGACCAAAGGAGUCAGCUCCAUUUCCUGUGUCAAAAAAAGUUUUCCCCAUAAUACUCACCUUCCUCAAUGUUUUCGGGUGAACUAUAUUCGCCGUGACUGAACGUCCUUUUAUUUAGACAGGGCGUCGGCAAAUUGACCGGAUUUUGUCCAAAGUGAAUGUACACCGUUUGUCCAUUCGUGUUCAGGUGAAAAUCGGUUAUUAUAUUCAGUUAGGAAUUUCUCUUUGUUUUAUAAACUAUCAUUUUGGCAUCUUUGAUACUCUGUUUCAUCUGCGUUUAUAAUAGGCCCUUGUGAAUAUCCCAUUAAUUUUGAAAAGUAAAAUUAAUUACUUAGGGGAGUAAUCUUCAUAAUCUGUGUCUGUUUCUCAGUUAUACUGUCUCAUUGUAUGGGCUAAGUGUCUGUGACAGCAUGUGAUAUAUACCUGUCUCUUACACAUAUUCAGCUAAUAUUAGUUUUAAUAAUACUGAAUCUUAUUCAUUAGAUUUUAUCCAUGAAUAUUUUCAAUAUUAUUAAUAUAGGUACUAAUUGCAUAUGUUAAACAUAAUUAUAUAGUUAGUAUAUUGUGUAUAUAUAUAUUUUAUCUAUAUAUCGGGUUUUGGGGUCUUUCAACCCCCUUGUUCCAGAUAUUUUUGGUUUCCUUUUAGCACUUAGUUUUAGUGUAGAAGAUCUUAUCUGUGGUCAGUGUUUGGAUUAGCUGCAUUCCAGAGUUUUUACCAUCAGCCAUGAAUGAAAAAAGACAGAAGAUAAAAUUGUGUGUUUUACAAGAUGGUGUUACAUCUGCUAAAUGGUGACUUUACAAUAUACAUUUUUUAUUUCUAUCUUAUCACAAAAGGUCUGACAAUAUAUGCAAGUACUUCAGCAGUGAUUAGUGUUUGGUCAGUCUGAAUUGGACAUCAAACUUUUUAUACAUCGGGCUUCAAUAAAAAAAAAAAAAAAAAGGUGUAUCCUUAUUGUAUAAACAGUUCAUUAUAUCUUUUUUUAUAACCUUGUCAGAGUUUACGCACGGAAAAGCAAUUUGGCAGCUGAGCAAAAUAUAUCCUAAAGCAGAGAACUGUUAAUAAUCCUCAUGACUUUAUUCAUGUAAAACUUUCUCAAUCUCUCCUAUUUUGGCAUAAAUUCUGUGGCCGGGCUGUUAACUCACAGUUUAGUAAAUACAUCCCCAGGAAAAUACAGAAUAAAGCUUGUAUUUUCUCCUGCUGGUGAUUGUCUUUGACUAUAUGGUCAUAUCACAGGAAGCAGGAUGAGAUGCACCUGUUAUUGAGAAGGGUCAGUCUGUGGUGUGCUAUAGCUGUAUGAAGUAUAAUUGUCUUGGCUGUGGCCGUCACUGACUGUGGAACUGAUCCUAGAACACAUAAAUGGAGUUACAACAUAUCAAGAUCACUCCUUCAUUCCCCCGCCACCAACAUUAGAUUGUAAGCUCUUUGCACCCAGAACUCCCACCAUAUAUUACUUUUUAUUUACAAAACCCCUAACACGUUUUACAAAGCUUCUAUAAAAUAAUAAUUGCAGUUAACAGCCAAAAGGAGGAACUGUCAUUUUGUUUCUGGGCUGAUUUAAAUUUCCUUCCAGCAGAAUUUCUACAGCUGGGAAACUUUAAAUCUUUUCCCCUUUCUCUGUGUUAUUUCUUAAGAUUACACAAGGAGACUGUAACUAUAACAGAGGGCAUUGCGCUUGCCCUGAAAAAUAACUUAGAUCACAUUUCUGAGUUCAGGCAUUUUGAGUAAACAAGGGACUUUUUGAAGAGGAAGUUACUGAGAACUUUGAAUAAUACUACGAAACUACAUUGUUACUCACUAUAUUUAGCAUCUGAUGUGAUUGCUUCAGCCAGUCCUUGGGUCCAGCAGUUCCUUUCACUAACCCAGGGCACCCUGAUAUCACUAUAUAUCCAAAUAUUACACAGCUGUGUUAAAUAAAGUUCAGUUUACCAUAAAAUUACAGCAAUUAAUGCAGUUCAGUAACAUAGGGCUUAUUUCCAUUCUUGAUUCUUGUUAAAAAGCAGCCGUUACACAUUGUUAAUACCAACAGCCAGAAUGAAGAUUUUGAUUAAACAUUUUACUGCUACUCAUGGCUGCUUCCACUGGUACCGACCACCACAUUGAAUUUACUGUUUCGCUGGUUAGUCAUAUGUAAAGAAAUAGGUACAUUUUCUAAAACAACCCCACGAGGACACCAUGCAAGGUUCAUUAAGCACAUGCGCAUCAUAUGUGCAAGAUUCCCUUCAUGUUUCCAUACACCUGACUUGACAAAUUUCUCAGGUAUUUAAAGGAAACAUGCUUAUAGAUUGGUGUUAGGGCUAAAUCUAUUUAAAUUUACAAUUAUUAUAACUAUUAUUAUUAUUGCCAUUUAUAUAGCACCAACAGAUUCCAUAGCACUUUACAAUAUUUGAAGAGGGAGGAUUUCACUAUAGAUAGAACAAUUACAAGAAAACUUACAGGAACGAUAGGUUGAAGAGGGCCCUGCUCAAACAGCUUACAGUCUAUAGGAGGUGGGGUAUAAAACACAUUAGGACAGGAAAUAGCAAUCAAAUAAGGUGGGAGUGAAGCAGAGCUGGAGGAAAGAGUAGAGAGCAAGAGACAGGUAUGUGAGAUAGAGGUUACUCUGGGAGGCCAUAAGCUUUCCUAAAGAGUUGGGUUUUAAGGCACUUCUUAAACGAUUGAAGACUAGGGUAGAGUCUGAUGGCGGUAGGCAGGCUAUUCCAUAAGAAGGGAGCUACCCGUGAGAAGUCCUGCAAGCGUGAGUUGGCUGUUCACGGGCAGAGCGGAGAGACCAAGAAGGGGCAUACCUAUGGAUCUGUGAAGAGAUAUUAGAGUGUCUAGAUUUAAUCAAUGCUUUAUAGGUAUGGGUUACCACUUUGAAUUGACUUCUAUAGGAUACGGGAAGCCAAUAUAAGGACUGACAGAGGGCUGAGGUGUGAGAGAAACAACUAGAGAGGAAAAUCAGUCUGGCGGCAGCAUUCAUUACAGACUGUAGUGGGGCAAUACAGUUUUUGGGAAGACCAAUUAGGAGAGGGUUACAAUAAUCCAUGUGGGAAAUUAGUAGAGCACAGACAAGCUCAUUGGUAGCAACUUGCCUAAGAAGUGGCGGAUUCGGGCUAUGUUUUUAAGAUGGAAUCUACAGGAUUUGGCAACAUACUGGAUGUGAGGCUCAAAGGCGAGACCAGAAUCAAGUAUGACACCCAGACAGCGCGCUUGCAAGAAUGGACUGACGUGGCUACCACUAACUUAAAGGAGAGCGAAAGAGGAGGAUCAGAGAAGGAGGAAAGACAAUACAUAGAUGUAUUGAUUUGAAAUCAGUUUGUAUUUUACUCAUCAUAUCUAGAUGAGGCACCUGUCAGACUUAAUUGAUUUAUGGAUUUUAAUAUAUCUGUCUAAUAUAAAACAUUAAAGCUUUUGGCUGUUACUAAUGAAUUAUCUAUAUGCCUACAGUAAAGAGUUUAUUGUAUGAGCCCUGCAUUCUCCAGUACAAUUGGAGACCUCUCCAAAUUGAAGAGUCUAUGUGUCUGUUCACUAAAUGUUUAUUUGGCUCAGUUCUCUUCAAUUAGGCUAAUAAACUCAUCUGUAACUUAUCAUCAGCCUAAAUGAAGCAGAAAUUAGCAAAAUGGGUUGCAGCAAUUUUCAAAUUGAUCCCGUUGCAACAAUGAGAUUCUUGUGAGAAGGGCCUCAUCCAAACAACAACCGAGUGAGGCUUUGGGCAUAAUUAUAGGUUUAAAUGGUUACUCCAACCACCAUGAACACUUCAGCGAUUUGAAGUGGUCAUUGUGGCAGAACAGCUGCCUGUAUGUUAAACUCCCUUUUCUUUUACAUGUGUUUCCCCUGUAUGUUCGUUUGUUGUAACGGCUCCCCAUUCGGGAGUGCUCCUGCGAAGGGAAUUAAUUGAUCUCCCGAGCAGGGACCACCCUGAUAACCUCAUUUAGAAUGUUAUGUUAGAAUGUUCACACCUCGCAACAUAAGUGUCAAAACCACAAACCGCAAGGGAGGUAAUUAAUGAGUGCUUCCCUAGGACGCCACUGUUCGUAUAGAUGUGUGGUGGCCAAGGGGAGCAUUCGUAUCCCAAAAGGAGACGCUUCCCUUGUCUGGGUUUUACCCAGGACCUCACAAACAGAGAUUAGUCACGUGAGGGACUGAGGCGAUGGUCCCUGAGAUUGGCGUUUUGUGAGCCCAAGGGACAAAGAAACCAGGUCUUUUCCCGCUGGCGGGCUUUUAUGUGCCUGUGAGACAAACAGUCCCUUUUUUCUGCGCCUAGGGUCUCAUGCACAGAGGCUCUUGGGAAAAAGACCCCUGGCUUAGGGACAAAGCCAGGGGCCCCAGGGAGGGGGAGGAUCUUGGGAUGUGUCCUUGGAUGUUUGUGUGGUAAACCCCUGUGGUUAUACAUAAAAUUGGCCAAGAAAAUUGUGUUGUACCUCCAGGACUGUGUGUUGUCCAGUUACUGUGGGGGAUCAAAAGGGCUCUCCUUAUGCCCUAACUGGUUCCCAGCCAGCUGAAGGAAUGGAAAUGGUGGAGGUAACCAGUCGGGUUACCAUAGGUUCGCUACAGUCAUCAUGGUAGGAGUGUGUACGCGCAACAUUUCCACUUGAAAUACUGCACAUACAAAGAUAUUGACACUUGUUUGCCGGGGGCUAGUUGUGUGCCGGGGUUAGUCACAUGACCGGAACUGUUUCAGUUCAUGCAAGGGGCAGCUUGUUCUCCAAUCCCUUCCAUAAUUUAUGCAGUUCUUCCCGCUUUAACGCAUUUAUUUCUAUAUUUUUUUUUUUAUUGUCCUCCACUGUCUGGCUCAAUCACAGGCUUUUCUAUAAGAAAUCUUGAUUGGACCACAUGUGGCUACCUGCUGACGUCAGAUGGAGAAGGGAGGAGGGAGAUCAGCACCGGGAGCUUCUCUUUGUUGGGUUGAGUCAGAGCUAGGGGGAGUGCUAAGUGUCACAGGUAUAAGUGUGUAUCAAAGGGAUUGGAUAAAUCAAUAUAUAGAGGGAAUUUGGUUGUUCUUUCGUUGAAAUAUAGAUGUUUGUGAGUGGCCAAAUUAAUAAACUUAUCUAGAGAUUUGACUGACUUUAAAACUAAUUGAACAAAAUAAAUGUAAUUGAAUAAAUGGAAAUAGCCAAAUUUGAAUCACUUUUGGCUAAGGGUGAUGAGAAUGGAAGACUGCAAGUUCUUGGCCUUGCUGUCAGUGUUAAAUCAUUAAUGUAUCUGUGACAGAAGUGACAUUAAAAGAUAACCAAGACCCCUUUUAUUAUGAGAUUAUAUUCUUUUCAGAUAUGAAUACUCAUUGGACGGGUCCCACUCACAGCCAGCCUGUUUCUCCCGUGUGCAACAAUUCAGGUUGGUUUUUCUAUGAUUGAAAGAUUAUUAAGAAUCACCAUAAAGAAUUUACACCCUUUGGCUUUGGUUGUAUUGACCUACACACAAGCUUAUGCUACAGCGUUAUUAUUGAUUCAUGUCCCUGCAAUACAUAGUACAAUGGGAAAAAGAAUUGGGUUUAUAUUCCCCCUCCCUCUGUGGCUGUAGCCAUACAGCUAGCUAAAACUUUAUCAAAUAGUUUAUUUCACUGGAAAUCAUUUUGCAAGAUAUUAAUGAGAUGGUACCUGGUCCCUUUCAGACUUUCACAAAUCUAUAAUAGCUCACCCACCAGAUGGAGAUGUGGAGAUGGGGUGAGAUCAUUACUGCAUAUUUUUGGAGAGAAUGGCCCACAAUUAACCAUUUCUGGUCUCAUGUUAAGGGAACUAUCCACAAGAUAAGAUGUAUAGAUAUCCCAUUACAACCAGAAUACAAUGUUUUACCCGUAACACCAAUUAUUAAUACUGCUUUGACUAAAACUGUAAUAAUACACAUUCUACAGGCUGUUAAAAUGAGUAUUGCAAACCACUGGAAACGGGUUACUCCCCCCCACCCUGAGAGAAGUAAUAGAUAGAGUUGAGAACACACGCCAUUUAAGGAGAAUGGCUUGUAGACUCAAAGCUAAAGAGGAGCUUCAUGCGACAAUGUGGCAAUGUUGGCUAUGCACUAAAGAUAGCUGAUGCUGAAGAUUUGCUGAAAAUAAAAAACACUUAUCUGCCAGGGCAGCUCAGGGUUAUAUGAGCUUUAAUACAUUUUAGUAAUUUUUAAUAAUACGAACAAAAUUCUUAGUGUAAAAGUCUAUGAGGAGGGAUUAUAGAAAGCACUAGGCAAUAGGCAACACUAUAGUACCUUUCGAGGACAAUCACAUGUAUAGUAAUACAUAUUUUGGGGAUCAGAUUGAUUAUUUUGAGAAGUGCAACAUAUAUAAGUAUUUCCUAAAUUUUAUGAGCAUUUUGUGUAUUAUUGUAUUCAUGUACUUUUUAGUUUAAAGGGACACUAUAGUCACCUGAACAACGUUAGCUUAAUGAAGCAGUUUUGGUGUAUAGAACAUGCCCCUGCAGCCUCACUGCUCAAUCCUCUGCCAUUUAGGAGUUAAAUCCCUUUGUUUAUGAACCCUAGUCACACCUCCCUGCAUGUGACUUGCACAGCCUUCCAUAAACACUUCCUGUAAAGAGAGCCCUAUUUAGGCUUUCUUUAUUGCAAGUUCUGUUUAAUUAAGAUUUUCUUAUCCCCUGCUAUGUUAAUAGCUUGCUAGACCCUGCAAGAGCCUCCUGUAUGUGAUUAAAGUUCAAUUUAGAGAUUGAGAUACAAUUAUUUAAGGUAAAUUACAUCUGUUUGAAAGUGAAACCAGUUUUUUUUUUCAUGCAGGCUCUGUCAAUCAUAGCCAGGGGAGGUGUGGCUAGGGCUGCAUAAACCGAAACAAUGUGAUUUAACUCCUAAAUGACAGUGAAUUGAGCAGUGAAAUUGCAGGGGAAUGAUCUAUACACUAAAACUGCUUUAUUUAGGUGACUAUAGUGUUCCUUUAAAAAUAAAAAAUAAUAACCCUCCCUCUGCAUUCAAAAUCUUGAUUAUAUAUAUUUUUUGUGAUGUGACCGAGAAUAACGCUGCAUUUAGGUAUAACAUUUUGGAAAAUUUGUCAGAGUAACUGAUACCUAGAUGGAAACAUGGUUUGAAGUGUCACAAAUGAGGGCACAGAGUUGCUCCCUGAAAUCAAUCCAAACCUCUUUAUCACCUACCUCUCACGUAUCUUUCCUUUCCCCUGUCUCUUAGUGGUUUCUCAUCCUUCUUCACUCACUGUGGUGGUGAAUAUUUAGUGCAAUUGAGAACAUGCUCUAAGUGAUUGACACAUGAUCGUGAGAAACAGAACAGGACAUGUAUGGUCACCAUUCAGAUACAACAAAAUAAACCACUGUGGUUAAUUACAUGAUUUUGCUAUUUCAUGACGAAAAGUCAUGAUUUUAUGAAAGACACGGAGGCGAGUAUUGCUUAACCCUUUCUUUACUGUCCACCAAUAGCAGCAAAGAAUACAAACAGUAAGAAAAAAUGGUAACCAUAGUGAUAGACCACUCCCAUACCAAGUCCCAGUAUAAUAGUCAGCACCUCCCCACACACUUCCUCUUUCUUUGGAGAUGCGACACCAAACCAGCUAAGAGGAACCGAUGAACAGUCCAGAACUCAGCAGACCAAACCAUCCCGAAAUCCAGCUGGAUAUUUAUCAGGAACCAUCUGUGAACUGGGACUAAACCAUUAACAAAUGACUAAGCGUCAACAACAGGGAGUCCGUCACAGCAUCAUCCAUAGAUCUCCAGCCAACGUGGUGAAGUCUUGGGAAGAAGUGAGGAUCUUUAUACAGCACCAACAGUGCAGAAUCAACCUGUGAAAACAUAAAAAACAGGAGCCCAACCGUUCGGUACUAAAACCAAUUGCUCAUGCCAAGCCAUAAUACAUUGAUAUACUGAAACCACAUAGAGCCCCUAAUGUCAGACAAGAGAACCACCACCAGGCCAACAUAACAUUAACAGUACGGAUGCACAUAAAAUACCAUGUUGAACUCAGUGCAAUACUUACCAACCUGAGAUAUAACACAACAGGGGGGGAAAACACAAUGAUAGAAAAAUAAAAGGGUGGGACAAUACUCGCCUCCGUGUCUUUCAUAAAAUCAUGACUUUUCAUCAUGAAAUAACAAAAUCAUGUAAUUUUAUGUCAAGACACGGAGGCUCAUAUUGCAAGUUUAAAGCUGAUCAAUAACCGAAGAGAAAACAUGUGUUGAUGGCCGAAAGUAAAAUUUUCUGAAGGUGCAUUUGCGGGACUAGUCCGCCAUCCUCAUCAAGUCUUUCAGGCGUGUUCCCGAAGACACCAUAGACGUGGCUGAUGCCCCUCGUGUGGAGUGAGCUAAAGAUGGAUGUAUCCACACCGGCCGGUGACACCCAUUUCACCCAACGAGUCAAGUUAGUGCUGGACACCGGGGCGAAGGGUUGACGAAUCGAGAGAAAGAGCUGAGGGGACGCGGCUGAACGAGGAGAUUAGUGGCCAGGGAGGCCACUAGAGGCAAGAAACAAGUAUUACAUGAAACAUGUUCCUUGUUGUCAGGAUAGGAUCCUGACAGUUACUGAUGAUAAGGAUGAAUGUAGUAAAUUGAGAUUAGUUGCAGAGGUUCCACUCAAUCGUUGUCCAGUGUUAUUCUCAGAUAUAUAUUGGAACUACAACAAAUUGUGACAAAAUAUAUAGAUUUAGGAUUGUUUAUUCUUCAGUCACCACCUUGCUGUUCAGUGAAUAAAUCCAUGUGUGAUUUUCUACUCUUGGUCUAAAUUCCGCAAUAUGAUUGUAAACUCUCUGCAAAUCAAUGAUUAGUGAAUAAACCCUGGGACCUUCCUGGUGCACACAAAUAAAGUGAACUAUGGUGUCUGUUCUAUAAAUAAUGAAGAGAACUGUCUUGAGCUCUAACUUAAAGGUAAAUAAUAGAUUGAAGUAGCAGAGUGUGAAAAAAUAAACUCCCCAGCCCAGCUGAACAUUUGUUUUUAAACUUAUCUGCACUGUUACGACAUCUAAUAAACCAUUUUGUUCUGUGUUGAUAGAAACAUUUUCAUAUCCAACAUAAAAAAGUGAGGCCCCUGAGGAUGCUACACAGAUGAUACACAUAGGGGAGCACACUCUUUUAAAAUAACAGAAACGUAUGUAAUUGGGUAAAAGGGGAGGUAUUUAUUUUUGGAGGUGUUUGGUGCGUUCAGCUGUAACUGAUAUCCCCGUUAUAUAUUUCUUCCUGUGUUGGUCUCGCCAAAUGGAGCAAGAUUUUUGUAACAGGUACACACAUAUCCAGAGAACAAUUGGCUAUUAGAAAUGUAGUUGAGUUUUCUUAUAGUAAUAAGGACAAUCUAACCUCUAGAACUCUGUGUAGAGGUUAUGUUGGCUAAAGUCUCUGUGCACCGUCCAGGAAUGGUUUUACAUAAACCAGGGCUGUCCCCGAUAUUUGUAGAGCGCCACUUCCUCAGUUACAUUGAUAAAGUGGAAAUUAAGCUGUGAGUUCGGUCUUUCUCAUCCAACCUGAAUGGCAUUGAUUGGCUGAGAGUGGUAACUGUGAGUUUAUGCAGUGCUCAUAGCUCAUAGACUAUCAUCAAAAACCUGUGAUGUUCUGUAGCUUAGAACAUGUCUUUAAUUUAUAUCACUUUAUUAUAAAGCAAACUGGAAUCACAUUUAAUUUGCCACACUUCUGUUUACCUGUCUGGAGUUAUUCUUGGUAAUUUGAGAUCUGUGUGUGAAAAAUCACUAUAGAUAUGAGAUGUGAUGUUUUGAAUCUUAACAACUUCUAAUGGAUUUUUAUUAGAUUUUCCAAAACGAAAAAAUAGAAGGAAUUCAUCCAAACUAAAGAAGCGAAAACCAGUGGAAGAUGAUAAACCAGAAACUGGUAAGAAAGCAGACAAUUAUCUACAGAUCUGAGUGUCUGAAAGAUGCCUUCCUAGGACCAGAACUGAAUGUUAAGAAUGCUGUCUGUGAUUAGUGGAGUUCGGAUAUAACAAGCAUUAAUGUAGACAUGAGCACACGAGAGAGCAGAGGCAGUGAGAGACUUGUGCAACCAAAACCAGAGAUCCCACCACUUUAAACUCACGACCAAAAAGGAUCUAUGUUAAUGGCAAUUUAUCGAAAUGGGUUGCUAAGGGGUACAAGUGAAAAAAGUUUGGAAACCACUGCACUAGAACCCAUAACAGUUAUGUUGGCUAAAGUUUCUGUGUGCUGUGCAGGAAUAGAUCAGCAUAAACCAGGGAUGAUUUCACAUAAACAGGAGCUCCACCUCCUCAUCUGCAUUGAUUAUGUUGAAUUUUCACUGUCAGUUUGGUUGUUUUCAUCCAAUCUAAUUGCAUUGAUUGGCUGAGAGUGCUAAGGAUGAAUUUGCGGUGUGCUCUCGACUCAGACUGUUAGCAGCAAAAACCAAUACACUCAACUGAAGUGGUUCUGUAGUUUAGAACUCUCCUUUGUUAUUAAGCAAACUGGAAUCACAUGCUAUCUAAUUGGCCAAUCCUCUGUUGAUCUGCCUGGGGUUAUUCCUCCUUAAUUUGAGAUCACUGUAUCAGAAAGUACUGUAUGUUAAUUACGGUAACAGCAAGAGCUUAGUUUUAUGGGCAAUAGCGGAGGUUGAUUGAGGCUUGAUAUAAAGCAAGCAGAGAGUUGAGUAGGUGUGUAAGACAAAAGAAACAGAGAGUGCUCAGGUUGGGGUAGGUAUGAGAUGUGAAUAUUAACAACCUCUGAUGAAUUUUUAUUAUAUUUUCAAAAACAAGAAAAUGGAAGUAAUUCAUCCAAAUCGACGAAAAGAAAAUGGGCAGAAGAUGACGAACCAGAAAUUGGUAAGAAAGCAGACAUUUAUCUGCAGAUAUGUUUGGCUGAAGAUGCCUUCCUAGAGGGAGAACUGCACAUUAAGAACAAUGUCUGUGAUUAGCAGAAUUCAGAUCUAAUAAACGUUAAUGUAGAUAUGAGCACACCAGGGAGCAGAGGAAGCGAGAGAUAUUUGCAACCCCAAGCAGAGAUUUCAACCCUUUGACCAAAGAGGAUCAUAGAACCAACAAAGAGUGUGAAAAAUGGCAGAGGUUUGAAAUAUAUAUUAUCUAGUGGCAAAGAAAAUUGAUAAACAUAAGCAUUUAAAGGACCACUACACACACAUAAAGCAAUUAAGCUUGUUAAAGUGCUUUACGUUUAUGGAGUAUUCCAUUUUAAUGGCACUUUAUAAAAGUGCCUCUUUCUUUGAGUAAUUCUUUUAUAAACAGAAUAAGAAAGCUUCUCUUCCACUUCAUUUAGCUCCAUUGAGCUGACAGAAGAUCACGCCUGCACGUAACAAGGGUUGUCUGAUGUUUUUGUAAGUUAGACUGAUUGGACGUCUCCUAGCAAUUACCGCAGCAUCAAGGAGUGUUAUGUGAUUAAUUCAAAAUUAGCACAAAGGGUAAUAUUGUAAGGGAAAGAAGUGGAUGAUGAACAAUGAGAUGGGGAGAAUCCGCAGCAAAAGCUUCUCUUUUUUUGUACCAUGAGAUUAAUAAAGUGCAGAUACGACAAAUUCCCAGUUCUGAUCCUGAUGAGUUUACUUUUUGUGGUUGUAGAAUCCUACAGUGAGAAUAAAAGAUCCUACCUCGAAGAUCAUCCAUUGGCAGCUGGUGUACAGGAUGUAUAUAUGGAUGAGGCUUCAGAUGGAAUGGGAGAUCCAGGAGAAGAAGACAAAAUGAUCAUAGGCUGA